AUGGAGGUUGAUGGUAAUGAUUCGUUUGAAGAGAAGUAUCUUCUAGUCGCUAAAGCCGACAAUGUGAAACACAUUUCUUCUUUGUUGAAGGCAGUUAAUUUUAAAGACGUUGGUGUGUGUUUUGCAACCGAACAUGGUUUAAAAAUUGUGGUAGAAGAUUCCAAAUGUGUACAAGCAAACACUUUUAUAGGCAGCGAAAUAUUUCAAGAAUAUCACCUUAAUGAUGAUACGGUUGCCUUUCGUGUUGAUCUCAAUACUUUGAUCGAAUGUCUCACAAUAUUUGAUGGGUGUUCAACUAAUCCUAGUUCCACAACUGCUUUAAAGUUAACAUACAAAGAAUAUGGUUCUCCAGUAAAAUUAUUGUUAGAAGAAGGCGGUAUCAUUACCGACUGCUCGUUGAGAACAAUGGAAGUAUUUGAUAUAUUAGACUUCAGUAUACCGGCAGAAUCGACUACCAGUAAAAUUAUAUUAAGGUCCUCAGAUUUUAAGGACAUCCUCAGUGACAUAGAUAGCACAUCUGAUUACGUAGAAUUUACAUUUUCUGAAGAACCACAGUUUUUUAAGAUCUUAACUUCUGGAAUUGCAGGAAAAUGUAGUGUUGAGAUACCGUCUAAAAGUGAAAUAAUGGAGCAGUUUCUUUGCAACACGUCAAUUACUGUAAAAUAUAAAUAUAAACAGAUUAAACCUUUUUUAAAAUGCAUGAAUAUAUCACAAAAAACAUUGAUACGGACAAAUGAGGAAGGAUUGUUGUGCUGUCAAUUCAUGGUGCAAGUAGACAGCCAUACUUGUUAUUUAGAAUAUUUUUGCACACCUAUUGUUGAUGAAGACUGA